AUGAAAUUGGCUUCAUUGUUGCAGGAAAAAGAGAAUUGGCAAUCAUGGAGGCAUAAGAAGAGGCAACGAUCAGUUACUUCCUCUAACAAGUUCUAUCUCAAGAUCAAUGAAGAUGAGAUUGCAAAUGACUGUCCGUUUCCAGCUUAUUAUAAAACCUCCAUCCCAGAGACAGAUGAGUACAUAAUAUUUGACAAUGAUAUGGAUGCUUAUAAUCCUGUUCAGCUUCCUCGAAGCAUGCUUCAUAACUGGUCUCUUUACAAUUCAGACUCAAGAUUGAUUUCCUUGGAGCUUCUGCCAAUGAAGCCAUGUGCUGAUAUUGAUGUGACCAUUUAUGGUUUGGGAAUUAUGACGGCUGAUGAUGGCAGCGGAUUUUGUCUUGAUGCUGACUCCCACCUUUCUUCUUCAAGUUCUUCUGGGGCACAGGAUGUGGACGGUAUCCCUACGUAUUUGAGUGCAAUAAAGGAGUGGAUGAUUGAGUUUGGAUCAUCAAUGGUCUUUAUUUCAAUUCGAACGGAUAAGGCCUGGUAUCGCCUGGAAAAGCCAUCAAAGCAGUACACUCCCUGGUAUGAGCCAGUUUUAAAAACAGUGAGGCUUGUAAUUAGCAUCAUUACAUUGUUGAAGGAGCAGAGCCGAGUAUCACGUCUCUCUUUUGCAGAUGUCAUUAAGAGUGUGUCUGAAUUCAACAACGAUCACCCCUCUUGCAUUUCUACCUGUCCGAUUGUUGUGGAGAGGUAUGUAGUAGUUCAUGGGCAGAUAAUACUGCAACAAUUUGCUGAGCAUCCUGAUCAUACUAUUAGGAAGUGUGCUUUUGUGAACGGUCUUUACUAG